GGGAGAGUAACGGCGAUUGGGGAGGGGCCGCCCACCUGGUCUGCCCCGCCCACAACUCCCCGCCGAGCGGCAGAGACAGGAGCUGGCUGAGGCGCUGCUGGCUGGGAUGCGGGGUUCGGUCUCUGGGGCACCCGCAGCCCGAGGGUGGGGGUCAUGGCCAGCCCGUGUUUCUACCGCCGCUGGGCCCUUGGUGUGCUGCUAGCCGGGAAAUAGCCCAAACCAGCCCCCGGGCCGGGGGGCCGCAGGCUGUGUCCGGCGGCGGGCGCUAAAUGGCACCGUGCGCCUUGUUAAGGUUGCGCGCGCCCGCGGAUUUGAAAUCCUCGCUGCGAACGGACGGCGCCUGCAAACCCGCUCUGCUCGGCCCCGUCAAAAGGCCGCUAAGCACCGAGUGAGGCUUCUCACCAGUUCAUCAGCACAAAUCCAGGGGGACGGGGGUGUGGGCCGCCGCCUUGGGGCUUAACUACCGGCCACACACAGCAAACCCUUUGCAGCCACUGUUGUCUGGUUACAGUGACGUGGCUGUCCCAAAAGACUAGACAGGGCAGAAGAUAUUUAGCAGUAGCUGGCUCAUGCAGCCCUGCACCACCCCUGAAUUUCUGUAAUAGGUGGCCUUUUUCAGCCUAGAGGGAGCACUCCAUAAUUGGUUCUCCUUCAGUGCCCUUACAUGAAAGGAAAAACAUGCAUUCAGCUGGCAGUGAGUUUAGGAGAAAAUCGCAUUUUUUCCUCUUCCAUUUGUAUGCAACAGGGAUUUUAUUUGGCCAUCGUCCAUAUUGGUGGGUCCAAGAAACAAUGAUCUAUCCCAAUCAAUCGAGCCCAUGUCUUGAACAAUUUCCUAUAACAUGUGAAACUGGGCCAGGAAGCCCAUCUGGCCACGCCAUGGGAUCUUCUUGUGUCUGGUAUGUAAUGGUAACAGCAGCACUUAGCUACACAGUGAGGUGGAAAGAUGAAUCUGCAAUUACACUGCACAGACUUACCUGGUCAUUCCUCUGGAGUGUGUUUUGGAUUAUUCAGAUCAGUGUGUGUGUCUCUAGAGUAUUCAUAGCCACACAUUUCCCACAUCAAGUUAUUCUUGGAGUAAUUGGUGGAAUGCUUGUUGCUGAAGCAUUUGAACAUACCCCUGCUAUCCAGACAGCGAGUUUGAGAACGUACAUCAAGACAAAUUUGUUUCUCUUCAUCUUUGCUCUUGGCUUUUACCUGCUUCUCAAACUUAUUGAUGUUGAUCUUCUAUGGUCCGUUCCAAAGGCAAAGAAAUGGUGUGCCAAUCCAGACUGGAUAAAUAUUGACACAACUCCAUUUGCUGGACUGGUGAGAAAUUUAGGAGCACUCUUUGGGUUAGGUCUUGGCAUUAAUUCCGAAAUGUUCAUCAUGAGCUGUAAAGGUACAAAUGGAUAUAAGACGAGUUUCAGACUUCUGUGCAUAGCUGCUUCUUUAGUUACCUUGCAGCUGUUUGAUUUUAUCAAGUUACCCACACAUACUGAGUAUUUGUUUUAUGUUCUUUCUUUUUGUAAAAGUGCAGCCAUACCUCUGACUGUAGUUGCCUUGAUUCCAUACUGCAUACACUUGUUAAUGAGGCCAACUGAAAAGAAGUUAAAUUAGAUGAACUUUCAAAAUAGUCUGAAGAAAUGUGGGCACAUUUAGAUACAAGUGGUGUUCUGUGACCCACUGCAAAGGUAAUUAUUUUGGUACUCCAUUCUGAACAGUGGGUGGGUGUCACUGUGUGUUUGAUGUGCUCCCGGUAAGUCCCAUGCCCAAAGGCAGUACAUCCAGGAAUGACACUGUCAUAUCAGAACCACUGAUUGGCUUGCAUUUUGACUUCAUUCCCAGAAGUACUGCAAGGAUUGACAAUGCAGUAUGGCUGCUUAACACCACUGCGGGUAUACACAUGUUUUGAUGCGUGUUGGGAUUAGCCACAGCUUGUAGAUUUUUUUAGUUCUUGUACACUUUCAAUUGGAUGGUGCUUCAUCUCCCAUAUCAUCAUUCCACUUUCCAUUUUAUAUAUAUAAAUGCUGCAUGUUAAUCUGCUGGAAAAUUAGGUGUGAUAAAAUCACACUAACUCAACCACAUGAAUACAGCCAUGUAGUGUGGUGAAGUUCUGCAUAGUUUGCCAAACUUUAGAUUUAACUUAGUGUUUUCUGAGUGAAGCAUUUUCUGACUGAGUCAGGAAAGAAGAAGAAAAUAUUUUUAAAAAGAUUAGUCUGAAAUAAUGUAAUUUCAGUCCACUUGAUUCUAUUUCUAGGGCUAUUGACAGAGCAGAUAACUUUGUAUUGAUAUGUUGCUUUUUGUAUUUUUCUUUCAAAAAUAACUAAAUGCAAAAUCUUGAAAUGAAAAGGCAAUAAAUUCUAUUUACUAAAACUACUAUACAUUUAACUUUGUGGAAAUUCAUGAACAUAGCGCAUUUAAAUCAGUGUUAUUUGGGUAUGCAUCUGCACAGAGUAACUGCAGAAAGUCAUACAGUGUGAAUUCAUGUAAUCUCAACACACCUCCUAGUGUGUUAUGCAUGCUCCUGUCUUUCCAAUGUAAAUCAGUCUAAUAAUCUCAUUUAAAGAGUACCAAACCAGAAUCAUUAUUUAGGGGUGCACCUGGUCAAGGUAAUUCUUUGUUGCCAUACAGUGAAAAAGCGAUUCAAGAGUAAAACAUGACAUGUUUAUAUUUGGCCAACUUUGUUUGCCCAACCACAGAGAUAACUAUUAUUAUAAUAAAUGUAACAAACUCAUUUGUGAAUUGAUUAUGCUGAUUAAUUUGCUGCUGUAAAUAUAUAAAGCCAAUUAUAUCCCUUUUUAUACAUUUUAAUGAACUUCUAUCAUUGCACAUUGACUUUCUAUGGGAAUGUGUACACUACCCGCCGAAUCAGCGGGCAGCGAUCGAUCCAGCAGCGGUUGAUUUAUCGCGUCUAGUCUAGACGUGAUAAAUCGACCCCCGAGCGCUUUCCUGUUGACUCCUAUACUCCACCGCCACGAGAGAUGCAGGCAGAGUCGACGGGGAGCAGCAGCAGUCGACUCACCGCAGUGAAGACACCGCG